GAGAAGUAGCUCAAAGCAUCAUACACUCAUGAUACAGUCGUUAAUUUCCAUAGCUUACUAAUAAAAAAAAGAAAGAAAGAUCUCUCCUUUAGACAGUAAAGGAGAAAAAUGGAGAGACAGUGUGUGUUCAUUGCCACGUUUGUGCUGAUACUUCAUCUUGUUCAAGCUCAAGAUCCAACCGGAUUCAUCAAUGUGGAUUGCGGUUUACCUCCUCGUGAUUCUCCAUACAACGCAGUCCCAACUGGUUUAGCAUAUACAUCGGAUGCCCAUUUAGUUAAUAGUGGGAAAACCGGUAGAAUCGCCAAGGAAUUUGAACCGGACUACACUAAGCCGAUUUUGACGCUGAGAUAUUUUCCAGAUGGAGUACGUAACUGCUACAAUCUAAAAGUCAUCCGCGACACCAACUAUCUAAUCAAAGCCACAUUCGUAUAUGGAAACUACGAUGGUCUUAAUGUCGAUCCGAAUUUCGACCUUUUCUUGGGUCCGAAUUUAUGGACAACAAUGAGUACUAAUGAUACGAUAGAGGAGCUCAUCCACGUGACGAAAUCCGACUCUUUGCAGGUCUGUCUUGUUAAGACGGGAAUAAGUAUCCCUUUUAUAAAUGUCUUGGAGCUGCGACCAUUGCCGAAAACUGCGUACGUUACUCAAAGCGGCUCACUCAAGUAUUUAUUCAGGAGGUAUCUUAGCAGUUCAGAUCGUACUAUACGGUACCCAUCUGAUGUCUAUGAUCGUAAAUGGUACCCAAUGUUCGUGGAGAACUCAUGGACACAAGUAAUGACGACUCUGAAUGUAAAUGCUAGUAAUCUUUAUGAACUACCACAAGAUGUAAUGACAACGGGCGUAACGCCCCUAAAUGCUAACGCGACAUUAAACAUUACUUGGACUUUAGAGCCUCCUACUACAAAGUUUUACUCCUACAUGCACUUUGCGGAGCUUGAGACUCUACGGGCAAAAGAUACAAGGGAAUUCAAUAUGACAUUGAAUGGGAAACAAUCAUUUAGACCAUAUAGUCCUAAGCCGCUAAAAACGGAAACCAUAUUCGACGUAACGCCAGAACAAUGCGACGGAGGGGCAUGCCUUUUGCAGCUUGUGAAGACAUUGAAAUCAACUCUUCCGCCUCUACUUAAUGCUAUCGAAGGUUUCACUGUGAUUGAUUUCCCUCAAAUGGAGACAAAUGAAGAUGACGUUGCUAGUAUCAAGAAUGUUCAAGAUACUUAUGGUCUGAGUAGAAUCAGUUGGCAAGGUGAUCCAUGUGUCCCCAAACAAUUUUUGUGGGAUGGUUUAAGCUGCAAUAACUCGGAUAUUUCUACUCCACCGAUAAUCACUUCCUUAGACUUAUCUGCAAGUGGAUUAACCGGGAUCAUCACGCAUGCUAUUCAAAAUCUUACUCAUCUGCAAAAAUUGGACUUGUCAAAUAACAAUUUGACUGGAGAAAUACCUGAAUUUCUAGCUGAUAUGAAAUCACUCUUGAUAAUAGACUUAAGUAGUAAUAACUUAACUGGCUCGGUUCCUCCCUCACUUCUUCAGAAGAAAGGAAUGAAGUUAAAUGUUGAAGGAAACCCUCAUAUUCUUUGCACAACUGGUUCAUGUGUGAACAAAGGACAUAAGAAAAAGAGUAUCAUUGUACCAGUUGUUGCAUCGAUUGCAUCAAUAGCUGUUCUUAUAGGUGCAUUCGUCCUGUUCCUUGUUCUCAGAAAGAAGAAGGCAUCAAAAGUAGAAGGGCCACCACCAUCAUAUAUGCAAUCAUCAGAUGGUCGAUCUCCUCGAUCAUCUGAACCGGCAAUAAUGACCAAGAAUAAAAGGUUUACUUACUCGGAAGUUAUGACCAUGACAAAUAACUUCCAAAGAAUCCUUGGGAAAGGAGGUUUUGGAAUUGUUUAUCAUGGCUUUGUGAACGGUACAGAACAAGUAGCAGUUAAGAUUCUCUCCCAAUCAUCAUCUCAAGGAUACAAACAAUUCAAAGCUGAGGUAGAACUUCUUCUUAGAGUUCAUCACAAGAAUUUGGUCGGUCUUGUUGGAUAUUGCGACGAAGGAGAGAACUUGGCUCUAAUCUAUGAAUACAUGACCAAUGGAGAUUUAAAGGAACAUAUGUCAGGAACACGUAACCGCUUUGUUUUGAAUUGGAGAACUCGACUAAAUAUAGUUGUCGAAUCGGCACAAGGACUUGAGUAUUUGCAUAGUGGAUGCAAACCACCAAUGGUUCAUAGAGACGUCAAAACCACAAAUAUAUUGUUGAAUGAACACUUCCAGGCCAAACUUGCUGAUUUUGGGCUUUCGAGAUCAUUUCCCAUCGAAGGUGAAACUCAUGUGUCAACAGUUGUUGCUGGAACUCCAGGGUACCUGGAUCCCGAAUACUAUAGAACAAACUGGUUAACAGAAAAGAGUGAUGUUUAUAGUUUUGGGAUUGUAUUGUUGGAGAUCAUCACAAACAUACCCGUGAUAGACCAGAGCCGAGAAAAGCCUCAUAUAGCAGAAUGGGUGGGAUUAAUGCUUACAAGAGGAGAUAUAAAAAGCAUUAUGGAUCCAAGUCUCAAUGGAGAUUACGAUUCUGGUUCUGUGUGGAAAGCUGUUGAACUAGCAAUGUCUUGUUUGAAUCCUUCUUCGGCAAGAAGACCCACAAUGUCUCAAGUUGUUAUGGCACUAAACGAGUGUGUGGCAUCUGAAAAUUCAAGGGGAGGAGCGAGCCGGGACAUGGACUCGAAGAGUUCUAUAGAAGUGAGCCUGACCUUUGGUACUGAAGUGAGCCCAACCGCUCGGUAGAUCUCAUGAAGAAUUAUCCCAUGAUAUUUUGUUUAUAUGUUUCUAAACUAUCUUCAGAUACGUGUGUCUCUGAUAGGUCAUCUUUGUUGAUGAGCUAUGAGCUUUUGUUAUUGAUACGUGAAUAA